CCCGACGUAAGAUCCUGGCUUUGUCUGUCACGUGACCUGCACUGCAGCCGGAUCAUCCUCUUCAAACUUCAUGCACCGAGUCUAUCUGAUCUAAAGUCUUAAAACAGUCCGUCGUUCCACAUUUUUAGCGCAGGCUAAUAAUAAAUGAUGUCGCUCUCCGCAGCGCGCUCGUUUCUGUCGGAGGCUGCUUAUGGAGAGCAGGAGCUGGACGCCAACUCUGCGCUGAUGGAGCUCGAUAAAGGUUUAAGGUCUUGUAAGCUGGGCGAGCAAUGUGAAGCUGUGGUCCUUUUCCCCAAACUCUUUCAGAAGUAUCCCUUUCCCAUCCUCAUCAACUCUGCCUUCCUGAAACUGGCAGACAUCUUCAGACUUGGGAACAACUUUCUGCGACUCUGUGUGCUGAAGGUCACACAGUUGAGCGAGAAACACCUGGAGAAGAUUCUGAACGUGGACGAGUUUGUCAAAAGAGUGUUUUCCGUCAUUCAUAGCAACGAUCCUGUUGCCAGAGCAAUAACUCUCAGGAUGUUGGGAAGCUUAGCCUCCAUUAUUCCAGAAAGAAAAAAUGCCCAUCACAGCAUCCGGCAAAGCCUGGACUCUCAUGAUAAUGUUGAAGUAGAGGCAGCCAUUUUUGCAGCUGCUAGUUUCUCAUCGCACUCUAAAGAUUUUGCUGCAGGAAUUUGCAACAAGAUUAGUGAAAUGAUUCAAGGACUGGACACUCCAGUGGAGCUGAAGCUGAAGUUGAUCCCGAUGCUGCAGCACAUGCACCACGAUGCCAGUCAGGCCUCGUGCAGCAGGGAGUUACUGCAGGAGCUGGUGUCCUCCUACCCCUCCACACCCAUGCUCAUCGUCACGCUGCACACCUUCACCCAGCUGGCCACCUCCUCACUCGUCGAUAUCCCUGAGCAGAUUCGUCUGCUUCUCCAGUACUUGAAGGAGGACCCCAGAAAAGCAGUGAAAAGACUCGCCAUUCAGGAUCUCAAACUCUUAGCUAAAAAAGCUCCUCACUUGUGGACCAGGAAGAACAUACAGGUGCUAUGUGAAUGUGCUCUCAGCACCCCAUACAACAGUCUGAAGCUGGGAAUGCUGUCUGUCCUCUCCACACUAUCUGGUACCAUCGCUAUUAAACAGUACGUCAGCCCUAAUACAGGUGAGGCAUCUCCAACGCCCCGUCACACUGACCUGGUGAAGCUGGCGCAGGAGUGCUGUUACCAUAGUAACCUGGCAGUGGCAGCCCAUGGAAUCACAGUGUUGACCAGUAUCACUGUUUCCUGUCCAGAGAAAGAGGUCAUCCAGCUGGAACAAGAAACAGUGAUGGGGAUGGAGUCUCUCAUUCUGCUCUGCAGUCAAGAUGACAGUAAGACUGCGCAGACCACACUCAAAACGGUGCUCACCUCUUUGGUGAAGAUGUUGAAGAGCUGUCCUCAUCUCAGUCAGAGCUCUGUGGAGCUCCUGCUGGCGCAGCUGCACUGUGCGUGUGAUUCUGCGUGUGUGCUCAUUUGUCAGGCUCUGGCUGCUAUUGCCACGCAGCAGCCGGUGCUGGCAGAGGGAAUGCUGGGAGACCUGCUAGACCUCUUCAGGGUGGCAAGUCACAGAACCUCAGAGAAACAGCAGGAGCUUCUGGUUUCUUUGGCAACAGUAUUAUUUGUGGCCAGUCAGGCUUCACUCUCGGCCGAAGUAAAGACGGUGAUCAGGCAGCAGUUGGAGAAUGUGGCCAAUGGUUGGACUGUGUACCGCAUUGCCAGACAGGCCUCUCGCAUGGGCUGCCAUGAUUUUUCUCGGGAGUUGUACCAGAGUCUUCGUACCCGCGUGGCCUCAGAGCACUUCUACUUCUGGCUGAACAGUCUGAUGGAGUUCUCUCAGGCGGAGCAGUGCCUCAGCGGCCUUUCAGAUGGAGACUACAGCGCAGCCAUGAGCGCCAUCUCUGAAGCACUCAAAUCCUACCAGAAGGGAAUUGCAUCGCUCACGGCCGCCAGUACGCCGCUGAGUCCUUUGACGUUCCAGUGUGAGUUUGUGAAGCUGAGGAUAGACACUCUUCAGGCCCUGUCCCAGCUCAUCUGCACCUGCAACAGUCUGAAGACCAGCCCCCCUCCUGCCAUCGCCACCACCAUCGCUCUGUCCUCAGGCAGCGACCUGCAGCGCUGCGGACGCAUUUCCACACAGAUGAAAUUAGCCAUGGAUGAAUUUAGAAGUCUGGCAGCUCGCUAUGCCGACCUGUAUCAGUCUUCGUUUGAUGCCGACUACGCCACCCUCCGUAAUGUUGAACUACAACAGCAAAGCUGCUUGCUUGUAUCUUACGUUAUUGAAGCUUUAAUAAUUGAUCCGCAAACAGCCAGUUUCCAGGAGUUUGGCACACACGGAUCAGUACUGGCUGAGAGCGAGUAUGAACUGAGAAUGCUGGCUGUGUUCAAUCACGUCCUGGAGGAAGUGGAAAACCUAACCAGGAAGCACCCUCCUGUCUCUUAUCUGCACACUGGCUGUCUGUGUGAUGCUGUUAUAGCCAUUUUGAAGGUACCACUGUCAUUCCAGAGAUAUUUCUUCCAGAAGCUUCAAUCCACCAGCAUUAAACUUGCUCUCUCUCCAUCUCCUCGUACACCCAACGAGCCAAUCCCAGUGCAGAACAACCAGCAGCUGACUUUAAAGGUGGAGGGGGUGGUGCAGCACGGCUCCUCUCCAGGCCUGUUCCGCAAGAUCCAGGCCGUCUGCCUCAAAGUCAGCUCUACUCUACAGACAAAACCCGGAUCCGACUUCAAGAUUCCUCUUGAUUCCAAGAUGAACGAGAUUGAGCAGAAGGUGGAGCCUCAUAAUGAUUACUUCAGCACACAGUUCCUGCUUAACUUCUCCAUCCUGGGCACACACAUGGUCUCUGUUGAAGCUUCAGUUGUUGACACCAGUGGGAUCGAAUGGAAAACGGGACCAAAAAUCGCUGUAUCAGUUAAGUCUCUGGAAGACCCUUAUUCUCAGCAGCUGCGGCAUCAGUUACAGCAGCAGCAGCAACAGCAGCAGCCCGGCCCACAGCCGGGACCCCAGAGGAACAUCUUACCCCGCCAGUGACCUCCAUCCCUCAUCAACUGCCUACUGCCUGUAUACUGCGGAUUUAUAGGACUUCUAGCCUUUUCUCUACUGUUUUGUAUGAGUAAACAGCUGGCUAUUUUUGCUUUUGUAAUAAUAAAUAGGCUUACAUUUUUCUUUUCUGUUGUAUACAACAAGAAUAAUUGUCAAUGUAAAUGUUAAAUAAAAUUACUAACUG